UCCGCGCACACCCAGACCUCGCUGCACCAUGGCUGCCGCCCGGCUGUCGCUGCUGGCUCUGCUUCUCGCCGGUAAAGAGAUUCGAUGUGCGGACAAGAGAUCACCAGCGUUUGGCUACGACGGAGAAAUAGGACCCGAGCACUGGGCCAAGUCGUACGAGACGUGCGCCGGCAAGUUCCAGUCGCCCGUGGACAUCGAGGAGCACCUGGUGGACCAGGUGCGCCUGCCGCCGCUGCGCUUCCGGGGCUUCCACGCGUUCCCCGCCUCCAGCACGCUCACCAACAACGGCCACACAGUGAUGCUGCAGAUGAACAGGACGGAGGAGGCGGUGGUGUCGGGCGGGCCUCUCAGCGGCGACUACUCGUUCGCGCAGCUGCACUUCCACUGGGGCGCCAACGACUCCAUGGGCAGCGAGGACACCAUCAACAACCACACGUUUCCUUUGGAGCUGCACAUGGUGUUCUUCAAGCGUGAAUACGGUGACGUCACCAAAGCGAUGCACUAUGAGGACGGACUGACUGUGCUGGCCGUCUUCUUUGAGGUGUACGGGUCGGACAACGAGGUGUACUCGGAGCUGGUGUCGUACCUGCCGCGCGUGGCCGCGCCGGGCGCCUCGGCCCGCCUGCUGCGGCCAAACGCCCUGGAGUCGCUGCUGCCGCGCAACCGCCACCUCUACUUCACGUACCACGGCUCGCUGACCACGCCGCCCUGCUCCGAGGUGGUCAUCUGGGUGGACUUCAAGCAGCCCGUGCUGCUGUCGCACCGCCAGGUGGCUGCUUUCCGCCGCAUGCAGUCCGACCACGGGAGGCUGACCCAAAACUUCCGGCCCAUUCAGCCGCUGAGCGGUCGCCUCAUCCAGUUCAACGUCGCGGACGAGAUGAGAGCGGCGGCCGCGCCAUCGCGAGACAGCGGCUACACCCUCCACGUCGUCUCGGUGGUGCUCUUAUUGGCAGUCUCGUGGCGAUGAGCGACAUCCCGCGUUUCAAAAACACUUAACAGUGAUGUGACUCUGCAUUUUCGCAGAUCACAUGAUGUCUCGACCAGACAUAACACCAAAAACUUACUAGUCUCAACGUAACAUUUUAAGAUGUAGUGGUUGAAAAGUAAAAUAUGACCUGACCUCUAAUCUGGCAGCUGUUGUAACACUUUUGGUGGUAUUCCAGAAUAUUUAGUUUGCUGUUGUAAUGUAUUAACUGAAAUCCACUUUCCUAGGUGUCUUUAUAUGAACGUUUUAAAAUGGUAAUGAUUAACUAUGAAAGGCUUUAAGCAAAUUCACGACACUUGAUUUACAACAGCUGAAGUAGUGAAAGAAAACCUUAUUCAGCCCUCGUAAAUGUUUUUGAUGCAUAUAAUUAAUUAUUAUAGACUAUAAUUAACAGACUAACCAAACUUGCUUGUUCACUUUGAAAUAAUUAUUGACUAUCACAUAUUUUUCAAUUACUUUUAAUAGAUAAAAUUUUUUUUCAAAAACAUUGUUUCACAUCAUUAUAAACACCUCUGUAUACAGUGUAAAGAUGAUAUUCUAAAAUGUGAUUCUGUAUAGUACUACACAAAAUAUCAUAAAAUGUCUCCAUAUUUGACAUAAAUUAUUAUGCUAUGUAAAAAUACAAGUAUAAAAUUGUUUAUGAAUUCUCACUCAUCUUAUGGUGGCAUAUAAGUGAAAUUAAGUUAGCUCUAAACAUAACUUUCUUGGUAUUUAAAAUAAAAAGUAAAAAGAACCUUAAAUAAAAUAAAAUUCUAAUAAAUAUAAAUAAAUUAUUAUGUGAGAUGCUAAUACUGCAAAAUGAACCUGCAAAUUCAUAAAAAAAAAUUAUUAUACAUAUAAUGAAAAACUAAGUCUAAGACCAACUGGUUUACAAAAAUACAGUUUCAUGGAUAUUAACUUGGAUAUGACUAAAAUGUUUACUUUCAAAUCCAAACACACCAGGCACAUACAAAAUAUAAAGCUCUGAAACAACAAAUAACACAUUUUCUCUGCACAUCAUUUACUAGACAUUUCUACCAAGUAUGCCACAUGGGAAUUUAGAAAUUUUUUACUCAAUGUUAAGUACAUAAUGUUGGUAUUUAAAAACAAUGAAAAUUGGUACCUUUUUAACAAAGCAUGUAAUUUUCCUGAAAUCAAGUACAAGGAGUAUUUUGGAACUGAGUUGUUAAGUGCAUCAUCAUAUUAGUUUAGAAUACAAUUAUAACAAAGCUCGAAACCACUUACACAGCUAAUAUGUUACUGAAUUGUUGGAAUACCUCCUAAAAUAGUUGUUUUAUGUAAAUAUUAAAUGAAAACUUUAUGUUAGUACAUAGUUAUUUAGUUAUUAUUUAUUAUACUUUUAUAGAACAAUGUUUUGUGUCAAGUUAAUAAACCAAUUAUCAACAAAAAAAAUGACACUAAACAUAUUGUGUGUUUUAACCAUAUUUUAAAAAUAUUAUUUAGCUAGUUUGUGAUUAAAGAAUACCUUUGUUGUUCCAAAUUGUGUGUUUUAGUGAAUGAAAAAAGUUGGAAUAGAUAUUAAGCAAUACACAAAAAUGUUUAAAAUAAGUCAGUUGUGUAAUGAAGUGUGAACAUGCAAUAAAAACUAAUUAAAUAGAAUUGACAGAAAGAAAUAAAAUGACUAUGUUGUGUUUCAAAGUAACAGUCUUGUGUAUCAGUGUAGAAUCACCAUUAAAGUCACUGGCAAGAAAGAAAAAAAAAAAGUCUCUAAAAUAUCUUUUUUCCUCUGCAGAAGACUUUCAACAAAAAAUUUUUUAUUUACAAAAUAGGAUUCCUUUAAUCUGUUAUCUCCCAAAUGACUUCUUUGGCCCUAAUAUGAGAGAUACUGUUCAUUACUGGAACAGUGCUGUACUGGUGGUUAUUUCUAUGGUGUGUAUUAUAAUUAAUUGUCAUUAAAAAGGAAAAAUUAUUUGGAAAAACAAUGCAAGAAUAAAUGAAUAAGACCUAAUGUUCCAUCGAAAUAGGAGUUAUUAGAGAUGACAAGGGGUGAUGGGAUAGGAUGUAAAUUUGACAGAAUGAAUGGCUGGGGAAAAUAAGUGUGCCACGAGAAAAAUCAACAGCUUAUGGCAACAUGGACCAAGUUUUCACACUUGUGAAAAAUCUGGUUUUGACCGUCCUCGGAAUUGAACCUGGAUAUCGUUGGUGGGAGGCAAAUGCUCUGAACACUCGACCACCAAAAUGAGUGAAAUAUUGUGUUUUAUUACAAUAUGAAAUGUUCAUGGAAAACCAAUGAAGAUG